UUCCAGGCGUGGCUCCCACUUUCACUGUGAAAAUUAUUGCAGGUUUACCCUCAGGUAUUUUCCAGGUGAUGUUCUCCAUCAUCGCACUGGAGUUCUUUAAGCUGCAGCCGGAGCAGAACGGGUACCUGAUGGCUUACUUUGGAAUCGUCCAAAUGGUCAUUCAGGGAGGGGUGAUCGGUCGACUCACCGCCAGGUUCUCUGAGAACUCUCUGCUCAAUCUGUCCAUUGCAGUCGCUGCUUUGGUUGGACUGGCUCAGGCCUACAUGCAGAAUGUGUUCCAGUUCUGCGUCACCGUGGUGCCCAUGAUGUUUUCGCUCAGUGUGUUUAAUGUCAUCACAGACAGCAUCCUCACCAAGAGCGUCCCGUCCUCCGACACAGGGACAAUGCUCGGCCUCUGUGCAUCCGUUCAGUCUCUGCUUCGUACUGUCGGGCCGACCGUCGGCGGUUUCCUCUAUGUCAACUUUGGCGUUUCCUCCAUCGGGUUCAUCCAGUUCGUGGUGAACGCUGCAGUGUUCAUGUUCCUGCUGCUGCGUCCGCACAAGAAAACCAGCGAGGAAAAGAAAUAAAAUACAGCCAUAAUAAGAACCGAUACAAAAACACACCAGUUCUACAGUCGUAUAUAUUCACAGGACUUGGACGAGUUUACCAGAAGAGGCAAACUCAUUAGCUGCACAUUAUGUAUCACCAGCAACU